GCUAGCAUUACAAUUGAAAUAGAUAGCAGUUUGCCAAAAGAUGAGAUGAGAAGAUGAGUGAUUUUUUAAAAAGUUUUUUAAUAAUAUGGCAAAGAUAAACAAAAAACAAAAAACGUUUACAGCUAGCAAAAGUAAAUCAAAAGAAGUUGCUUUGAAACGAUAGCACAAAACGUUGGGCAAAAAUGUGCUAUAAUAUGAUAGCUCAAAUUGAGCAAAACAUAGUCAUCUCUCUUUGAAAAUCCACUUAAAACACUUAAGCAUUGAUUAAUGAUAUUAGUGACUAUUUCGAAAAACUUGUAAACAUUGUACUGAAGUGAUGUGGCUGUGUGGAUUGGUCAGUCACUGCUCACAGUGACGUCUCUCAUCAGGCCCUCAGUUAUAGUUACCAGUCUCAGGUUCAACACUCAUGCACUAUUAAUCGGUGUAUCACAUCACUCCUGCACAGCUUCAGACUGGGACAAACUCAAUUCUUUUCUCUGCAACUUUAACUUUGUAGCCCUUGCUCUUACUGCUGUUAAAAUGUCCAUGUAAGGGUUGAGUUGAUUGAGAAAAAGGUAAGAAGAGGAAGUAAAGUCCAAGGAACUGUUUUCCUCUCAGGAGGCUUCAAGACCUUUGGAGCUACAGCAGGAAACCUGAAUAUCACUGUCCUGUAUGAGCGUACGAAGAUAGGUUUUGCACCAUGAAGCGAAGUAAGCACCGUGGACACAAGGAGGACAAAAGUGGAGAUGAACCUGCCAUUCUGGAGACAGAAAACAUUGGCAUGUUCAUGAAAGGCCAAGACCUGGACACCAUCUCAGUGGCAUCAGUCACAGCUGUUACCACCAAUGUGUCAAAUAAGAGGUCAAAACCAGACAUCAAGAUGGAACCCAGUUCUGGCAGACCGGUAGAUUACCAAGUGAGUGUGACAGUGAUUGAGGCCAGACAGCUGGUGGGUCAGAACAUGGAUCCAAUGGUCUGCGUGGAGAUUGGUGAAGAUAAAAAGUACACAUCCAUGAAGGAAUCGACCAACUGCCCUUAUUACAAUGAAUAUUUUGUCUUUGACUUCCAUGUCCCUCCAGAUGUCAUGUUCGACAAAAUCUUGAAGCUGUCUGUUAUACACUCUAAAAACCUGCUACGUAGUGGCACGCUGGUUGGAACCUUCAAACUUGAUGUUGGCACCAUCUACUCACAGCCAGAACAUCAGUUUUACCACAAAUGGGCUCUGUUGUCGGACCCUGAUGACAUCACAGCGGGUUGUAAAGGAUACGUGAAGUGUGACAUUGCAGUUGUGGCUAAAGGAGACACAAUAAAGACUCCACACAAGGCCAAUGAGUCUGACGAAGAUGACGUGGAAGGGAACCUCUUGAUACCUGAGGGCGUCCCAGCCGAGCGACAGUGGGCCCGGUAUUACCUGAAGAUCUACAGAGCAGAGGGACUCCCCAGAAUGAACACCAGCAUCAUGGCUAACGUGAAGAAGGCCUUCAUAGGAGAAAACAAGGACCUGGUUGAUCCCUAUGUUCAAGUACUGUUUGCUGGGCAAAAGGGGAAGACAUCAGUUCAGAAGAGCUGCUAUGAACCCAUCUGGAACGAGCAGAUAGUCUUCACUGAGAUGUUUCCACCACUAUGCAAACGCAUGAAGAUCCAGAUCCGUGAUUCUGACAAAGUCAAUGAUGUAGCUAUAGGAACCCACUUUGUGAACCUGCGAACCAUUUCCAACGACGGGGACAAAGGUGGUUCUUUGUUUUUUAGUUUAUUCCCGGUGUCAGUUCAUCAAAUGCUAAUCUUAUUCUUUCAUUUCUCAGGCUUCCUCCCCACACUUGGUCCAGCCUGGGUGAACAUGUACGGCUCCACUAGGACCUACACCUUAAUGGACGAGUACCAGGAGCUAAAUGAUGGACUCGGGGAAGGGGUGUCCUUCAGAGCCCGUCUGCUCAUCAGCCUGAAUGUGGAGAUCUUGGACACCUCCUCUCCUGAAUGCUCCUGCUCCCCUGAGGUGCAGGUGGAGGGAAUACCCAACAUGUCGGAGACAGCGACAGGGAAGGUCGAGGAGUUUUUCCUCUUUGGAUCCUUCCUCGAGGCUACAAUGAUUGACAGAAAGAUUGGGGAUAAGCCCAUCAACUUUGAAGUCACCAUAGGUUAUUAUGGAAACGAGAUCGAUGGAGUCGUCCAGCCCAAAAUCAAAGGGAAGAAAGGCGGAAGCGGAGAUGAAGACGAGACAGAACUGAUCCACAACUCAAGUGAGGAGGAGAUGGAAGAUGAUGGAGACCUGGCAUCCGUGGCCACUACACCUCCUAUGAAACCUGUCGUCACUGAUCGAAACUACUUCCACCUGCCCUAUUUCGAGAGAAAGCCGUGCUUCUACAUCAAAAGCUGGUGGCAGGAUCAGAGAAGGAGGCUGUACAAUGCCAACAUCAUUGACAACAUUGCAGAUAAACUGGAGGAAGGACUGAAUGAUGUGAUGGAGAUCAUUAAGACAGAGAAGGCCUAUCCUGAACGCAGACUCAGGGGUGUCCUUGAGGAACUUGGCCAUGGCUGCAAUCAGUUCAUCUCAUUGGCAAGCAAGGACCAGAAUCAGUCUGGUAAAACCAAACUGGACAGGGAGAGACUGAAGCUGUGCCUGUCAGAAGUGGAGUCUAUUGGUCAACAAGCUAAAACCAUGAGGACACAGGUGAAGAAGAGCACAGUGAGAGACAAACUCAAACUCUCUCAAAACUUCCUGUCCAAGCUGCGAUUCUUGGCUGAUGAGCCUCAACACAGUGUUCCAGAUGUUUUCAUAUGGAUGAUAACUAAUGGGAAGCGCGUUGCUUAUGCCAGAGUCCCUUCCAAAGACAUUCUUUAUUCUGCAACGGACGAGGAGAGAGGAAAAGACUGUGGCAAAGUCAAAACUAUGUUCCUCAGAAUCCCUGGCAAGAAAGGCUUUGGCCCUGCUGGCUGGACAGUUCAGUCCAAGAUAGAGAUUUACUUCUGGCUGGGUCUGACCCGGCAGCGUAAAGAUUACCUGGACGGGCUCCCCAAUGGAUUUGAAGAAAACAGGUUGUCCAAAGGACCUGGUCUGCCUUCUACACCUCCCAUUAGCCUCACCUACAUGAUGAAACAGAUCUUCCAGCUGAGGGUCCACAUGUACCAGGCUCGCAGCCUGUUUGCUGCUGACAGCACAGGACUGUCUGACCCUUUUGCCAGAGUCUUCUUCUCCACACAGAGUCAAGUCACUGAAGUUUUACCCGAGACUCUUUGCCCCACAUGGGACCAGCUGCUGGUUUUUGAGAACGUGGAGUUGUUUGGUGAGGCCACUGAACUGAGAGAUGACCCUCCGAUUAUCGUCAUCGAGCUCUACGAUCAGGACACCGUGGGUAAAGCUGACUUCAUGGGAAGAACUUUUGCAAAGCCUGUGGUCAAGAUGGCGGAUGAACACUACGGCCCCCCACGCUUCCCCCCACAACUGGAGUACUAUCAGAUCUACCGUGGAAACUGCUGCGCUGGAGAGAUGCUGGCAGCUUUUGAGCUUCUGCAGAUUGGACCGAAUGGAAAAGCUGAUCUGCCUCCAAUAGAGGGACCUUCAGAUAUGGACCGUGGACCAAUCAUGCCAGUACCUCUUGGAAUCCGACCAGUGCUCAGCAAGUAUAGGAUUGAGGUUUUAUUUUGGGGCCUGAGAGACUUGAAGAGGGUGAAUCUGGCUCAGGUGGAUCGCCCUCGUGUGGACAUUGAAUGUGCAGGAAAGGGAGUGCAGUCUGCCCUCAUCCCCAACUACAAGAAAAACCCCAACUUCAGCACGUUGGUCAAGUGGUUUGAAGUGGAUUUGCCUGAGAACGAGUUGCUUCACCCACCACUCAACAUAAGGGUUGUGGACUGCAGGGCUUUUGGACGCUACACUCUAGUUGGGUCCAACGCUGUCACAAGUCUACGGAAGUUUAUCCACAGGCCAGACAAACAGGCAAACAACUGGUCUGGAAACAACACAGAUGAAAUCAUUGUUGUGAGCUUGGAUUCUGACGCAAAUUUUAGGAAGAUGGACACUGUGGUCAAACUUGACUCUUGCUCUGAUGCUGUGGUCAAAGUUGAGGAUGACGCUAAGGAUGGAAAAGGAAAGAAGAAAAAGAGGAAGAAGGGUGAAGAGCCCGAAGAAGAGGAACUGGAUGAGAGCAUGUUGGACUGGUGGUCCAAAUACUUCGCCUCCAUUGAAACCUUGACAGAGGCCCUCAAAGCUCAGGAAGCAGCUAUGUCUGAUACAGAGGACAAAGAUGAGAUGGACCUGGCAGACGGUGGAGGUGAUGACUCUCCCGUAAAAGGCUCCAAGAAAGGAAAAGGAAAGAAGGACAAGAAGAAGCAGUUGUUCGACCCGUUUGAGAAGAAGAAGCCAAAGCUGGACGAGUUGAAGGUGUAUCCUAAAGAACUUGAGAGUGAAUUUGACAACUUUGAGGACUGGCUUCACAGCUUCAACCUCUUCAGGGGAAAGGGUGGUGACGAUGACGAUCAGAACAUUACAGAUGAGGACAGGAUUGUGGGAAAGUUCAAAGGGUCGCUCUGCAUGUACAAAGUGUCUGACGAUCUGCCCAGAGACUUUGAGUCCAGCAUGGGAAUGUUUCAGAACAUUCCUAGCAACGAUCCGAUCAAUGUCUUAGUUCGUGUCUAUGUCAUCAGGGCAACUGAUCUUCAUCCAGCUGACAUUAAUGGUAAAGCUGACCCUUACAUUGCGAUCAGAAUGGGGAAGACAGAAGUCAAGGACAAAGAGAACUACAUCUCCAAACAGCUCAACCCUUUGUUUGGCAAAUCUUUUGACAUUGAGGCCACAUUCCCCAUGGACUCCACCCUCACUGUGUCCAUCUACGACUGGGACCUGGUGGGAACCGACGACCUGAUCGGAGAAACCAAACUUGACCUGGAAAACCGUUUCUACAGCAAACACAGAGCCACGUGUGGAAUUGCACGGAACUACUCCAUCCAUGGUUACAAUGUCUGGAGAGACCCCAUGAAACCAACCCAGAUCCUGGCAAAGCUGUGCAAGGACCGCAAAGUGGACUCUCCUCAGUAUGGACCUGGAGGAAGAGUGAAGGUGGAGAACAGGGUCUUCAUGGCACACACUGAGAUUGAGGAUGAAAACGGUUUGAAGAAGCAAACCGACGAACACCUGGCUCUGACCGUGUUGAAUCACUGGGACCACAUCCCUCGUGUUGGCUGUAAACUUAUUCCAGAACAUGUGGAGACAAGACCUCUGCUCCACCCCGACAAACCAGGAAUUGAACAAGGAAGGAUUGAGAUGUGGGUGGACAUGUUCCCAAAGGACAUGACUGCACCUGGUCCCGCACUUGACAUUUCACCAAGAAAACCAAAGAAGUUUGAGCUGAGGGUGAUCAUCUGGAACACAGACGAAGUUGUUCUAGAGGACGAUGACAUCUUUACUGGGGAGAAAUCCAGUGAUAUAUUUGUGCGAGGCUGGUUAAAAGGGCAACAGGAGGACAAACAAGACACAGAUGUCCACUACCACUCCAUCACUGGUGAGGGCAACUUCAACUGGCGCUUCAUCUACCCCUUCGACUACCUGAUGGCCGAGGAGAAGAUCAGCAUCUCCAAAAAAGAGUCCAUGUUCGCUUGGGACGAGACAGAGUACAAGAUUCCACCUCGCCUCAAUCUACAAGUGUGGGAUGCUGACCAUUUCUCUGCAGAUGACUUCCUUGGUGCUAUUGAGCUGGAUCUGAAUCGCUUCCCACGAGGUGCUAAGACUGCCAAGCAGUGCAGCAUCGAUAUGGUGACAAAUGAAACAGACCUGCCCAUGGUCUCCAUCUUUAAACAGAAGAGGAUCAAAGGCUGGUGGCCUUUCGUGGCCAGAAAUGAGGAAGAUGAGUUUGAACUGACUGGUAAAGUGGAAGCUGAGCUGCACCUGCUGACAGGAGAGGAGGCUGAGAAAAACCCUGUUGGUGAAGGACGUAAUGAACCAGAGCCUCUGGAGAAACCCAACCGCCCAGACAUCGCCCUCCUCUGGUUCCUCAUCCCUCUUAAAGCAGCAAAACAUCUGGUGUGUGACCAGUACCGGUGGCUGACCAUCAAGAUUGUCACCGCUCUACUGCUGCUGGCCAUCGUAGGUCUGUUUCUCUACAACAUGCCUGGUUACAUGGUGAAGAAGAUGUUAGGAGCUUAACAUAUAUAUAUUCUCUAUGCUGGAAACCUGUUACUCAGUACACAUGGUACAUUAGAAUUACUACAGUCUCUCCACUACCCUGGAUGAACAACAAUUUCCAAAGGAUAUAAUUUUCCGCUGAAUUGCAUUUCUUAGCACUAAUGGGUGGAUAACAAAAGCUUGUGUAUUAUUAUUAUUGUUGUUGUUGUUGUUGAUGUUGUUGUUUGUAGAAGUAGUUGUAACUCUCUUUUAGUUUGGAAUAUUAUUGUUUUUGUUGUUGCUAAAUUCGACAUAUUUUUACCUGUAUUUGGAGUGGAAUUUGGAGUUAUCAACAAUAUUAAUACGUUAGACUUUUGAGAAUAAAGGACCAUUUUUAAUCUACACACCACUGGUUUAUCCAUUUUAUUUCAUUACUCUUACUGUCACUUCUCAUUUCUGUCAAGUUAACAUAUAACAGACGAGAUGUGAAGUUAAAUUUUUGUUUAAACUUCUUUAACCAUUUUAAGUUCCACCACAUGACAAGCUCUUUUAUCAAUAAAAUAUACCCGCACGGUAUAUUUUAUUGAUAAAUUCAAUAUCGUUACCAAAACUACUGACAGACUUGUUUCGUCUCCUAGAAAUAUCCAGUCUCAUGUAGAAAAAAAAAGAAAAAACAUUGGAGGAUGCGGGCAUCGAUCCCGCUACCUCUCGCAUGCUAAGCGAGCGCUCUACCAUUUGAGCUAAUCCCCCUGCCUGUUAUACCUCACAAUGACAUAGUGCUGCCAUCUGGCGGUCACGAC